CAAAUAAAAAUGUUUCUCACUCAUAUCUCUGAUUUAUUACUCAAACCAUAAUAGAAAAACUGUAAAUCAUAAUAUCAAUAAUUACGUCCUUAUCUUCUGCCCAGCACAGGUCCUUAUUUAAACAAUAACGAGUAAGCCAUUAUGUACACGGCUUUCAUUCGAAUUCAGCAACAGCACCAACAAUGCAAUGUCUCAAGAUUUAGUUGCAUUUUUAAUCAAUUUAAAUUAAUGGGACAAACGAAGCCGAAAGUAACUCUUGUUAAGCAAAUGCAGGAGCCAGCUAGAUUUUUUAUAAGGCCACACAAAUCAGAACCCCGCACAAAACCAAAUUCAUCUUCAACCAAUAAAGAGGAUUUUCGCAUCUAUCAGCAGAAUAUUGAUUUAGAUGCAUUUUUUGGCGAAGAACAGAAAUAUGAAAAAGUUUCGGAUGUUUGUCUGGUUAAUGAUCAUUUUAUUUUGGUGAAAAUGCCGCCAAUGACCAAGGAGCCCACGCCAAAUUUAGCUGGUUCAAGUGCUAAUGCUGCUUCCAAAAAGUCCAAGUUACCAAGAUGUUUUAAAUGCAGUCGCUCGAGCCGUAUAUCGCCAAUUACAGAAGACGAAGAAAAGUUGCCCCAAAUAUCAACUAAAAUACCAAACUGGACGUUAAAGGAUCAGGAGGAAAUUGAGGUAUUCGAUUCCAGGACACGUAUAACAAUAUCUUAUGAUGAACAACAACCCCUUAAAAUCGAUGCAUUGCAGUCUACAACUCAUGUUAUUAAUCGUGCUCCAGCGCAUUGGUUUUUCUGGCCUUUUCGACGGCGAUUUGUGUCCAAAUCUAAGCCCCAGUUGGCAGCUAUUCAUAAAACCUAUUUUGUAAAAUGGACCAAACCUCCAAAAACACAAUGGCAUGGUUACGGAGUGGAUAAAUUAAAAAAUUAUGAGCUACGACGUUGUCGUUCCUCAAUUUUUUAGAUACAGAAAGCAUAUUGGUCUAUAUAUUUUGUAUGCUUAGAUUAUAAAAAUGUAACCUAUAAAGAAACAAACAAAAAUAGUUAGCUUUUAAAUUGUAUUCCUUAGUUCGUACAACA